CAGCUGCACCAGCGGCAGCGGCAGCCACAGCAGCACACGCCGAUUGUGUAUGUGGGGCUCUAGCUGCAAAAGAGAAUCCAGGGAAAUAUUUCUGACCAGGAGCCGAGUGUUCAGAAAUUCCAGGGGGAAAAAAAGAGCCCAAUAAAAGAUGAGGAAGGCUGGAUUUUUGCAGCACAUGUUUAGGAAGACUACGGACAGGCACCAAGUGUCACAUUUACGCCCCAUGAACAUUGCCUUUUUGGUGCUUAUAUCGAUUGGCAUCUCAAAAGCUCAGAAGGAUUGCACAGGUGUGGAGUGUAAGCACCUGGAAAAUUGCAUUGAAGAAGUGCUUGAGCCUGGUGAGUGCUGUGCUGCCUGUCUACAACAUGGUUGCACCUGUGAAGGCUACCAGUACUAUGACUGUGUGAAUGUAGGGUUUAUAAAUGGCAAAGUCCCUGAAGGGCAGUCCUAUUUUGUCGAUUUUGGAAGUACUGAAUGUUCAUGUCCCAAAGGGGGAGGCAAGAUCAGCUGCCAGUUUAUGCUUUGUCCAGACCUUCCCCCAAACUGUAUCGAUGCCGUGCUGCCAUCAGACGGGUGCCCUCAGUGUGGAAGAAUAGGCUGUGUCCAAGAUGAUCAGAAGUAUGCAGCGGGACAUACAUUCCAUGUGCCUCCAUGCAAGGUUUGCCAUUGCCCCAAUUCUGGAGGGGACCUCAUGUGCUAUGAGCUCCCAGACUGUAACGAGUCUACAUUAAAUCCCCAUAACCUGUCUGAAACAGACGAUGUUGAACCAGAGCGGCACUAUGAUGAUCCCUACAGUUAUGACCAGGAAGCACCAGAUGGAGACACUACACAGGUGGAACCACCUAGAAAAUACUACAGCUAUUCAGCGCAUACAGAGCAGGAGAGCAUUGGUCAAGAGCAAAGUGAGGACUAUGAUUACCUUGCAAACAUUGUUACCUCCUCUUCACUACCACCUUCAGUUUCACAUGUUGAAGAAGCUCUGUCGCUGACCCCCACAAAUGUUCCUACACCGCACCCUGGAACAAGUUACGCUACUGAAAAUAGUGAAGAAAGGACUUCUAGAAUCACCAUACCAACAACCGAAGGGCCACUAACAACUCAUAAUAUGACCACUGCAAGCAGCAUUCAAAAAGAACCUGUUGCGGCAACCACUGGUAUUCCCAGAAACCUGGCAGAAGUGGAGAGGAAGCACCAGGAGAACCGAGCGAGACAUGAGCAAGAAGAAAAUGCUCGUUUUAAAAUCAAACUUAACAUGAAAAAAGACAAUAAGCAAAAAGAGAACAAAUUAAUGGUCUUUAAGGAACUCAAUGUGACUCAGUCACAAGGGCUAAACUCUUUGCAUGAAAAACGGGAAGGUGACCAUUUUCCCAAGGUCAAGUUUAACCCGACACCACCACCUCCUAUUGCAUUAAAGGAAGAGCAUAAUCAAAUAUCUCCCAAACAGUCUCAGACACUGUACCAUUACCAGCCUGAAGAAGAUGUAGAUCCCAAUUCAGUUCAUACUUCCUCCAGAGUACCUGAAGGUUCAACAAAAGAUUUAAUUGAAACUUGCUGUGCCGCUGGACAGCAGUGGGCUAUUGACAACAGUGAAUGCACAGAAACUCCUGUAAGUGGAACAGAUGGUGAUAUUUGCAGAAUUGCUCAGAAGCAGUGUUGUGUAUCGUAUUUAAAGGAAAACAGCUGCAUUGCUGGCAUGGUUGCUGCCAGAGAAGGUGAUUUGUGUGGACCGGAUGAAAGUGAUACCUGCGGAGGAUCAUUGUACAAGCAAUGCUGUGAUUGCUGUUCAUUGGGCCUACGAGUAAAAAGUGAAGGUCAAAGGUGUGAGUCCAACCCAAAUCUUGGCUAUCCCUGCAACCAUGUGAUGCUUUCCUGCUGUGAAGGAGAAGACCAUCUUAUUCUUCCAGAGCUUAAACGGCACCCUGAACCACUGCCAACGGCAACACCUGAGAAACUUUCAGAGAUUGAGGAUCACAAUGAAGCCUUGUCGAUCAGUAAUGAAGCCGAAUUGUCAAACAGCUUACCUGGAGAUGACCUGGAUGAGUGCCUUGUCUAUCCUGGAGAGCUCUGCCAGCACCUCUGCAUCAACACAGUAGGAUCUUACAAGUGUUCAUGCUUCCCAAGGUUUACUCUUCAGGACGACGGACGGGGCUGCAAUCCAGAUUUUGAAGAAGACGGACAAAACACUGCCUUGGCGGACACAGCCACAGUUGCUUCAGAAGCCUCGAACAUCCAACCUGUGACCAACAAUUCUUUACAUGUAGAGCAAGAUAAAUGUAAAGAUAAUGGACCAUGCAAGCACAUAUGUCAUGUUAUGGAAGGGAAAGUUAUGUGCUCUUGCUUACCUGGGUUUGCCCUUAUGUUGGAUGGGGUUACAUGUGAAGAUAUUAAUGAAUGUGUAACAGAUGCUCAUACCUGUAAGAGAGGGGAACACUGCAUUAACACAAUUGGGUCAUUUACAUGCCUCCAACAACUCAGCUGCCAUUCAGGCUAUGAACUUAAGGAUGGAGAAUGUGUUGACAUUGAUGAAUGUGAGAGAGGGACUCACAGCUGCAAGAUAAACUUCAUAUGUCAAAAUACAAAAGGGUCAUUCUAUUGUGAAUCAAAGCAACGAUGCAUGGAUGGGUUUUUACAAGAUCCAGAGGGAAAUUGUGUGGACAUUAAUGAAUGUACAUCACUUUCUGAGCCAUGUAAGCCUGGAUUCAACUGCAUCAAUACUGUGGGGUCAUAUACAUGUCAGAGGAAUCUGUUAAUUUGCAGCAGAGGAUAUCAUUCAAGUGAAGAUGGAACCAGAUGUGUUGACGUUGAUGAAUGUGAGACGGGUGUGCACCGCUGUGGAGAGGGACAGGUUUGUCAUAAUCUACCUGGAACUUACCGCUGUGAAUGCAAGAUGGGAUAUCAGUAUGAUGCAUUCAGCAGAACGUGCAUUGAUCUAAAUGAAUGUUGGAACUACCCUGGCCGACUAUGUCAGCACUCAUGUGAAAAUACUCCCGGGUCCUAUCAUUGUUCCUGUUCUUCUGGCUUUCGUUUGGCUUAUGAUGGGAAGCACUGUGAAGAUGUCAAUGAAUGUGACAACAAUCCAUGCAGUCAAGAAUGUGCGAAUAUUUAUGGUUCCUAUCAGUGUUAUUGCAGGCAAGGCUAUCAGUUAGCAGAAGACAGUCAUUCUUGCAAAGAUAUAGAUGAGUGUGCACAAAGUGCAGGUAUUCUGUGCACUUUUCGGUGCAUUAAUGUGCCUGGAAGUUAUCAGUGUGUUUGUCCUGAUGAAGGCUAUACAAUGUCAGCAAAUGGAAGAAGUUGUCGGGAUAUUGAUGAAUGUGCACUGGGAAACCACAAUUGUUCUUCAGCACAGUCAUGUUACAAUGUUCAAGGCAGUUUCCGAUGUCUUUUGUUUGAGUGCCCAGCCAACUAUAGAAAAGUGUCUGAUACGAGGUGUGAGCGUAUCAACUGCUUCAACUAUCUGGAUUGCCAAAACACUCCCUUGAGAAUUACUUACUAUCAGCUUAACUUCCAAACCAACAUUGUAGUCCCGGCUCAUAUUUUCCGAAUUGGCCCCUCGCCAGCUUAUGCUGGAGAUAACAUAAUCCUUACCAUCAACAAAGGAAAUGAAGAGAACUACUUCAGCACUAGAAAACUUAAUUCCUACACAGGCAUUGUCUACCUUCAACGGCAAGUGAAGGAACCCAAAGACUUUUUGUUAGAUGUUGAAAUGAAGCUUUGGCGUCAAGGAACAUACACGACUUUUCUGGCCAAAAUUUACAUCUUCAUCACUUCUCAUGUCUACUGA